AUCGAUCGAGCAACUUUCAGUUGUUCAUGUACGGCCUUACGCCCAGCGAGCGCAGCGUCCGUGCAGCAGCGAAAGCGUGUUCUCCGAAGCGUAACUGCGUGCGAAUACGCUCACCAGCAUUUCAAAUGGCCCCCGCGAUCGGCUUCAAAUGGUCGUGGUGUUCUUUAAUCGUGGCGUGCGCGGUGAUACGCGUCGCGACGUCCACCGACCCGUCCAGCUGCGCGGAAAGGUUCGAAGUGCACGACGACAAGAUCAUCCGGACGGAGGAUUCAAAAAAGCUGGGCGCCAAGUUCAUCGACUCGGUGGAAAAGCGCGUCCGUCUCGAGUGCCUGGAACUGUGCUGCCGGACGGCGAACUGCGACGUGUUCGUGUUCGAGGAAAAAUCACCGGGGACAUGUUAUAUGUUUGAAUGUGGACCAUCUGACGAUUUUAAAUGUAAAUUCACCAUCCAUAAAAACUAUAGUAGUGCAGUAAUGUUAUCCAGACCAGCUGCUAUAGAAUUAGAAAAUCAAAUUAAACUCACGCAAAAUGAACAUGAACAUGAGCUUACUCAACUUAAAAAAUUUACUUCUUUGACAACGUCUUCACCAACUGUGUUACCCAUCCCAGCAAUAAACAAAGAAACUGAAAUAACUGUUCCGGUGGAAAAACACUCUGAAAGAACCCGGUGUAGUAGGUAUCAAUUUGAGUGUAAAACCUCUGGUGAGUGUAUCGCAAUUUACAACGCAUGUGAUGGAAUACCUCAGUGUAGUGAUGGAAGUGAUGAAGCUCUUGAAUUAGCUUGUCCAACAACUCCAAGUAAACAAUUACUGACAAAGGAUACAAACUAUGGAUUACAAGGAAAUAAUUACCUUCAAACGUUUCCAAAUAAGCCAAUUGAUAUAACUGGACAUCAAAUGAAUCAACCAGUACAACAAUAUCAAUGGAAAAAUCAACAACCAAUAUUUAGUUCUAAUGUUAACUAUCAUAAUGCAAAAGGAGAAGGCAAUCAUUUUGCAUCUUCUCAAUAUGGUAGGGAAGGCGAAGGACUCAAAUGGACAGGUCAGGAUAUGGCACAUCAAAAUUACGGAAGCAAUCGAAUUUUCACUCAUGUCAAUGGAGGAAUUUUACCUGAUUACAAUCGGCAGCCAAAUAACUUAUUACAAAAUAAUAUACCAAAUAGAGUGUAUAAUGUAGAACCUGGGAUGACCAAUGAUCACAGUUACAAUCACAUGAACAACAUAAAUCAUGAAUUCCAUCACUUUAAUACAGGUGAUAAAAUUAUUUAUCAGAACCAAAAUAAUCCAGAUUAUUAUUACGAAGAUUCAAGACCUAAAAUCGACCAAUCGAAUGUCAUCCCUCAACUUGGUUCUGAUUUUCAACGACCAAAUCAAUUAGAUGGUAAAAAGUCUGAAAUACCAAUUACAGAAAAAUCAUUUACUCAAAAGCAUAAAAUAAAUGAAACGUCUUCUCCACCAACUACUGCAGACAUUCGCUCAAACCAUAAAUUGGAACAACCAUUGACAGGUAUUCAUGAAGCGUAUUUUGAAAGUAGUGAUGACGGUUAUACAAUAAUGCCAAAUGGAGCUUUCAUUUCUCUUGUUCUUGGUAUUAUUGCCACAAGUAUAAUGAUAAUUGUGAUUAGCUGUAGAUUAAGAUUGAUGCGUAACCGCCAUCGAAAAGGAGGCAAACAAUCCUACGCUCAUGAUGCAGACUUUUUAAUUAAUGGCAUGUACUUGUAAAUUAAUUAUUAUAAUUUAAUAAUAUAAUUAAUAUAAUACUGAAAAUGCAUAUUGUGAUUUGUGAACAUAUUUUUUUAAGAAUUAUGGAGUAUAAUUAUUGUAUU